ACUGUAGGUGCGCGUUUGCUAGCUAGAUGUAGGCUCGCUGUUUACGUUUAAUAUACACGGGUUUGCAGUUGACUUACCGACCCAGGAAUUAAUCAUAAAGGACAAGCAUUUAUGCAAAACCAUUAACUUUAAAAUAACCAACCGGUUUUGUUUCACCUUCCGCGAUUUUAUGUGAAGCCAGGAGUGGAUCGAGAGGACUGCGGAGUCAGAAGCGUUGCUACAGAAAUAAACAAAGGGUAACAACACCGAGCUGUUUCUAACAAGUGAGGGAAGCGUUGCAAAUCCGAGAUGGACGACGACGCAGUAGAGGUGGCGUCAGACAACAGUCUGCCGUUAGGAAUCGGGGCUUCCGCCUUCGGUAGUGAAAAUGGGGAGGAAGAGGACGACUUCAUUCCUCAGAGGACACUUCCAUUCUCCCUCGGAUUCUCCAAUCCUGCGGGACAACACGUGGAGAGAGCAGAGUCCCCUGCAUCCAGUUAUGCCUCCAUGCAGAGUGACAGCUGGUCAGAAACAAGAGAAGAGCAUCAACCCAGCUCCACGCAGGUUCAGUUGUGCAGACGGGACUCGUCUGCUUCUAGCAGUGAAGAGUUUAAUAGUGAUGAUGAGGACAAUAAUAUGGAGGUCAGUGCUGAAGAAAGCACACGGAAGAAGAUCAAAAAGGAAGGAGGUGUGAAACAACAAAAUGUUUCUGCUCCUGUAAAACCAGAGUUGGUAGUAGAUCCGAAUGAAAAAAGACAUCCAGCAAUGACGGUGGAAUUUGCAUUUAAGGCCCUCACCAGCUGCCUAAAGAAACUUGCAGAGGAUGAAUUAAAGUACUUCAAAAAACUGCUGUGGGAUCGAUAUCCAGAGCGCUUCCGUGAUCCGCUGGACGGAGUCGAUCUUGUGGAUCUGGUGGAUAAGAUGCUAGAGCUUUGCGAUAUUGAAGUUUCUCUGAAGAUCACGCUGGCGCUCUUCGAUAUCAUGAACGCUAAAAAGCUGGUUCAACAUCUGUUAGGUCUAUGCAAAAGAAAUGAAGUGCGCUACGAGUUGAAAUUGACUCUGAAGAGGAAGUAUGAGAUGGUAUAUGAGGGUUUUAGUCAACAAGGACAGCCAGUCCCCUUUGAGUCAGUCUAUACAGACCUUUACAUUACAGAUGGCAUUAAUGCAUCAAUCAACAGUGAGCAUGAGUUCAGAUCAAAGAUAGAAGUGCUCGCAGAGACUGCCAAAGUGAACAGGAAGCCGUUAACUGGAAAUGACAUAUUUUCCCAGGAGAACCCGAGGUUAAGGCCUGUAAGAUCGGUGUUAGCCAGGGGAGUCCCAGGAUGUGGCAAAUCAUUUGCAGUGCAGCGCUUCAUCCUCGAUUGGGCAGAUGGAAGAGUCCAUCAAGACGUCUUCUUUCUCAUUCCUCUACACUUCAAGGAGCUAAAUAAAAUGCUAGAAGGAGAGUAUACCCUCCUGAGUCUAGUCAGCACCCUCUAUCCAGAGAUGAAGGAAAUAGAUUCUCUAGAUUUUGAGGGCUGUCUGGUAAUGUUCAUUUGCGAUGGCCUAGAUGACACUCAAAUCCCCUUUAAUUUCCGGAGAACGGUGUAUUGGUGUGACGCGACCAGGCCUACAACUGUGCAAGUGUUGAUCACCAACCUCAUCAGGGGUAACCUGCUCUAUGACGCCUACGUGUGGAUCAUUUCUAGGGCAGGAGCUCUGGAUGUGAUCCCACCAGAACACGUCCAGCGGCUUCUGGAGGUCCGCGGCUUCACCGAUGAUCAGAAAGAGGCCUAUUUCAGGAAGACGAUCGCAGAUCGAGACCUUGCUGAGAGGGUGAUUGCUCACAUCAAGUCUUCUAAGACGCUGUUUAUUAUGUGCCACUUGCCACUGUUCUGCUGGGUGGCAUCUAAAGUGCUGCAGCGGCAGUUCCAGUUUCUUCAACCAUCGGCACAGCUGCCCAGAACUCUUACCAAUUUGUACACCAUUAUGCUGCAUGGACAAACUCAAAUGUCCGUUGAGAAACUGCAGAACGACCCUACCGAAGACACCAAGAAUCUUACUGCUGAUCAGCUGCUUAUUAAGCUCGCGAAGCUGUCCUACAACAUGCUUGAGAAGAAUGAGUUUCAGAUAGAGAAAGAGCACUGGGAUGACGUUGAAUUGCCGGAGUCAUACCCUGCCAUGGCCUGCACCGGUCUCUGCACAGAGUUUUACAGAGAGAAGUUCGUGAUUUACACAGAAAAGGUGAGCUGCUUCGCUCAUCCGACCAUUCAGGAGUAUCUUGCAGCUCUUCAUGUUUUCUAUUGUUUCAAGAAACAUGGGAAGAACAUCCUUGAGCAGAACAAGCUGAAGGCCUUGAAGGUUUCCUUGGCAGACGUACUCAGGAGUGCAGUAGACAAAGCUUUAAGCUCCAAGAAUAGCAACUAUGAAAUUUUUCUCCGCUUUCUGCUGGGUUUGUCUGUGGAAGCCAACCAGGAGCUGCUCAAGAACAUCCUGCAGAUCUCUAGCAGCUCUAACCAGAGUGCACGAGAUGAGACAACUCGCUACAUUAGUAAGAAAAUCAAAGAAGGUCACUUCCCGGAAAAGACUGAAAACCUUUGGCGGUGCAUUGAUGAACUUAACCCACAAUAACACUGAUGUGUUUAAAAAGAGUCUCGUGAUGAACUUCUGCGAGUGAUGCUGUUGCGUUGUUUCUUGCUAUAAGAUUGAGUUGGUGUUUAAAAUCAUCUGUGAAGAUUGUCUCUCAUCCAGGGAGUGUAGUGUCAUCUGCAUGCGCUUUUCCAUCAGUAACAGAUGAAUACUGAACACUAUUGUUUUCAACAACAUAUUUUUGGACAGUUGUGUCAUUGCCAUGGCCGGACUUACCAUUGGGCUUGAGUGGGCUGCAGUAUUAAAUGGAAUUAUCAAACCUAAAACAUGUCCAUAAAACAAAGACCUUUUCAAAUGUCA